AUUAAGAAUAAUGGCGCGACCCAACACCUGCUACCUCCCCGUCAUCAUCGUCUUAUUCCUCCUGCUCGGUUGCAAGUGCAGAUCCGAUCACUCAGCCGCCGGCGACGGCGAGAAGCUGCUCGCCGCCAAGCACGACUGGGGCAACCCCCGGCAGCUCGUGUCGUGGGACCCCGUUGCCGCCGCCGACCACUGUAGCUGGAAAGGCGUCGUGUGCGCCGGCGGCGUCGGUGUUGUCACCGAGCUUUCUCUACAGGGUCUGAGCCUCACCGGGUCGGUGCCGGCGUCCGUGUGCGAGCUCAAGAACCUCCACCGCCUCGACCUCUCCUACAACAACCUCACCGGCGCCUUCCCUGCCGCCACGCUCUACGCCUGCGCCCAGCUCCGCUUCCUGGACAUCUCCUUCAACUCCUUCACCGGGGUGCUCCCGGACCACGUCGACGCCUUGUCUCCGGUGAUGGAGCAUCUCAACCUCUCGAGCAACAGCUUCGGCGGCGUCGUGCCGGCCGCGGUGGCGCGGCUCCCGGCGCUCAAGUCCCUGUUGCUCGACAACAACCGCUUCACAGGCGCAUACCCCGCGGCAGAGAUAAGCGAGCUAUCCGAUCUUGAGGUGCUCACGCUGGCCUUCAACGCGUUUUCGCCUGCGCCCGCGCCGCCGGAGUUUGCCAAGCUGACGAAGCUGACCUAUCUCUGGAUGGAGAAAAUCAACCUCAUCGGGGAGAUUCCGGAGGCGUACGCCAGCCUCACGGAGCUCACGGUGCUCGCCAUGUCGUCGAACAAUCUCACCGGUUCAAUCCCAGCGUGGGUGUGGCAUCUCCGGAAGCUUGAGUUCCUCUACCUGUACGCAAACGCCCUCUCCGGCGAGCUAACGCGCGACGUCACGGCGGUGAACUUGGUUGAGCUCGACGUGUCGACGAAUCAGCUCACUGGAGAGAUUCCUGAAGCCUUCGGCAAGCUCAGGAACCUGGAGGUGAUGUUUCUCUACGAAAAUCACUUCACCGGCGCAAUUCCGGCGGGCAUCGGGCUGCUGCCGCGGCUCGCAGACAUCCGAAUAUUCAUCAACUGGUUCUCCGGCGAACUACCAGCAGAGCUCGGAAAGCACUCCCCGCUGCGCGAACUCCAGGUGGCCAACAACAACCUCUCCGGCCCAUUGCGGGAGACCCUCUGCGCUAACAGGAAGCUCACUGUUAUCGCCGCCUUCAACAACAGCUUCUCUGGCAGCCUUCCGGCAAACCUAGGUAACUGCAUCCUGCUGGACUACCUAGCGCUCGAUGACAACCAGCUCAGCGGCACAUUGCCGGCCGACAUAAAGCAAGCUUUCCCGUCUUAAACACUUGUCACUGCGCGGCAACAGGAUAACUGGUCCAAUACCGUGGUAGAUCAUCAUCAUACUGCGGCUUCAAUCAACUCAUUCGGCUCGACCUUUGGCACAACUCAUUCAGUCAACAAGGAUCCAGAUGUUUCAGCACACUGUCGA